AUGCGGGCGCUGUGGCCCACAACCUCCCACCGCCUCGCGCCUGGCGCUCUCUGCCGACGCCUCCUCUCCACGCGGCCGACGUCGCCGUCCGACGUCACUCGGCCUCCGAGUGGUUUUGUCUCGGACGCUGGAAGCGUGCUCUCGGCCGAGUCGCGUGCGCGCUUGGAGGGCCGGUUAUCGGCGCUUGGCGCCACGGGCAAGGCGCAGAUGGCUCUGGUCGUUCUCGAGCGGCUGGGGGAUGAGACUGCGUCAGUGCAGGACCAUAUCCAGUUCACGGCAGCGCUGUACGAUCUCUGGGGCGUCGGCCAGGCGGCGGCUCAGAAUGGAGUGCUGCUCGCGGUCUUCACCGAGUCGCGUCGCAUCGAGGCCCGCACCGGCGUCGGCGCGCGCAGAGCCUUGAGCGACACGUGGCUCGCGUCGAUGCUGCAGCAGGAGAUGGCGCCGCGGCUAAGGGAGGGAGAUGUGAGCGGCGGCGUGGAGGCUGCCACCGAGUGCAUCCUGGACCGCCUCGUGGUUGUACAUGUCGUCCGGGUCGAUCAGCUUCACGUGCACGAAGGGCAGCUUGGCGUGCAGGCGAGGUCCUCGCCGUCGCACACCUGCGUUGGGGAUGCCGCGGUGAUUCUCAAGUAUUGA